AUAUGUAUGCGCACGGCUGCCGCACGAAACUCCUCCAUGAAAUGAAAUGUUCGUGGCGGUGGUUUACCUUCGUAUCAGGAUACCACAGGUAGCCUUACCAUCGCUCUUUUUCUCUUUCCGCGCCCGAAAGCUGAUCCCCGUCUCCGCCUUACGCCACAUCUCCUCUCAUCCUCAGCGACCACCGCCGUGCUCGCGCUCCAUUAAUGGACCGCCGGGGAUCUCCACUUCACGCCCUGACCACAGCGUCGAUCCGCGCGUCGCACGAGCCAACUAUGGCAUCACCCAACUCAGUCGCCAGGGCAAGAUGGCGGACGCCCGACAGCUGUUCGACGAAACGCCCCACAAGGACGUCAUCUCCUGGACCUCAAUGAUCUCCGGCUAUGUAAGAUGCGGUAUGCUCCGCGAGGCCCGAGCGCUCUUCGAACGCUCCGACUCGGAGAAGAACGUCGUUACCUGGACCGCUUUGCUCUCUGGCUACAUCCGUUCGAGGCAUAUCAGGGAGGCCGAGGAGCUGUUCGGUCGGAUGCCUGAAAAGAAUGUCGUAUCAUGGAACACGAUGAUCUCUGGGUAUGCUGAGAACGGCUUGGUUGAUGAGGCCUGUGAGUUGUUCCGACGGAUGCCAGAGAGGAAUAUCGUGUCCUGGAACACAAUUGUGACCGCCUUGGCUCAGUCUGGUCGGGUUGAUGAAGCUUACUGUCUCUUUGAAAGAAUACCGCAGAGGGAUGUGAUAUCGUGGACUUCGAUGGUCACAGGCUUGUCACAGAAUGGGAGGGUCGAUGAGGCUCGUGCUGUCUUUGAUAGGAUGCCGGAGCGAAAUGUGGUUUCCUGGAACGCUAUGGUUUCGGGUUAUGCCCAGAAUUCAAGGCUGGAGGAAGCAUUGGAUCUUUUCGUCAAGAUGCCUGAGAGGGAUAUCAUAUCCUGGAACAUGAUGAUCACCGGGUUUAUACAGAAUAGAAAUUUGAAGAGGGCUCGAGAGUUGUACGACAAUAUGAACGAGAAAAAUGUGAUCACUUGGACUACAAUGAUCACAGGAUAUGUGGAAGAUGAGCAGAAUGAGGUGGCUUUGAAGAUGUUCUUAGAGAUGUUAAUGGAUGGUGUUAAGCCAAAUCAAGGAACAUUUGUCAAUGUCUUGGCUGCUGUUAGCAAUUUAGCAGCUUUCCUUGAAGGGCAGCAGAUUCAUCAGAUUGUUAGCAAAACCGUCUUCCAGUUUGAUACUUUUGUGAGUUCUGCUAUAAUGAACAUGUACUCCAAGUGUGGUGAGAUUGGAACAGCUAGGAAAGUGUUUGACUUAUCAGACCAGAAGGAUUUGGUAUCUUGGAACGGAAUGAUUGCAGCAUACGCUCAUCAUGGGAAUGGGCAAGAGGCAAUAAGCCUAUUUAGAGAGAUGCAUCAGAACGGAUUCAAACCUAAUGAUGUGACAUAUGUGGGAUUGCUCUCAGCAUGUAGUCAUUCGGGUUUGUUUGAUGAGGGGCUUAAUAUUUUCAAGUCUAUAAUGAAGGAUCCAUCAGUUGAAGUGCGAGAAGACCAUUAUGCUUGCUUGGUAGACCUUUGUGGCCGAGCUGGCCGACUUCAGGAGGCUGCAAGCUUUAUUAAAGGGCUAAAGAUUCGCCCUUCAGCAACCUGUGUCUGGGGGGCACUUCUUGGUGGUUCUAAUAUCCACGGGGACAUGCAAAUUGGGAACUUAGCAGCCAAGAAGCUCAUGGAGGCAGAGCCCAAUAAUGCAGGGUCUUACAUGCUGUUAUCAAACAUUUAUGCUUCAGCUGGUAGAUGGAAGGAAGCAGCAAAGAUAAGGUUAAAGAUGAAAGGUAAAGGACUAAAGAAACAACCUGGAUGCAGUUGGAUUGAGGUGGGCAAUAGAGUCCAUGUGUUUGUGGUACGUGAUAAAUCUCACAUUGACUCUCAGAGGAUUUACACUCUGUUGCAUGAUCUUCAUGACAAAAUGAAGAGAACUGGAUAUGUGCCUGCUACAAAUCAUUCUCUAGUUGAGGAUGAGUUGAUGGCCAUGUAAGUUGUGCUUCCUUUUAGAUUGGAGAAUAACCAUCGGUAAGUGGAGAAGAGGUUGCACUGUGGAUCUAUUGUGUGGCUCAUUAGUAUGCGAAUGGCCCUUGAAAUUAGGUCUCUUUCCUUACUUGAGUAAAGAACAACCUCAUACCAGGUUAAUCUCAAGCCAAAAACAGGCUUAUCCGUUCACACUUGUUGCUUUGACAACACACUGCAGAUUGAUUGUAUAUCAUUCUGAUGUUGCCUACUGUCAGAAGGUCAAGUGAAAGGUAAGAGAAGGAUCAUGUUCAUCUGCUGACUUGUUCUACAUCCCUGCUAAAGUUGAGCUUGUGAACAAAGAAAAAUGAAGACUGCAACAACAUUAGCUCAGUUAACAGGAUGAUUCUCUUCUGUCCAAAAGAAGAUCAAUUUCUUUAGAAUGUGGCUAAGUGUUAGGAAAAACAGUGUCGUAGGUUCGUGUACCUCAUCCAACUCUUUUUGAUAUCAGAAAAAGUCAAAAGCCACCUAUGGCUUAUUUAUGUCCUAUGUAGUAUCAGCUUUGACUAAUCUCAAAAUAAUAGUUGUGCCAUCCAUUUCUGAGGGCGCCUGCUGAAUCCUCAAAAAAAUUGUGGAGUGCUUAUAUUCAGAUAUAAGAAACAGUGCAUAUAUAAUAGAUCUACUGGAGAAAUGCUAGCCCUUCAGGCAUUUGUUUAAUGCUGUAAUCUUUCAGGGCACACCACCUACAUUAAUUGACCAUAAGUUUAGUGUUCUUUAACCACUAUGACAAGGUCAACCAUAAUUUUGUAUAAGGUCUGUAGCCAUGUGAUUUGCAACAAAAGCUGCUCUCUUUAACUUUCACCUCUAUUAUUAUAUCAGCCAAGAGGUACUGCUUCCAUGACCUUAUUAUUGUGCUCAUCAAGUGAGAGAGACGAUGACAGCAACUUCUAUAAGAUCCAUAUAUAUAGUAUGCUCUGAUGCAAGUUUUGGGCUUUGAGAAAAGGAUAGUUGACUUGGUAGUGCUGCCGCCAUCCAUAGAAGGUCCAGUCAGAAUGCAGCUAUGAGAUGGUCUUUUCUGUGGCUUUCACGUCUCAACUAAUUCCAAACAAUGACUGAUUCACCUCUUGAAUGCUUCUUCAUUGAGCUUGCUGAUGGAAGUCCAUGUAGUUUGGCAUCAGUCUUUGGAUGUCCAAGAAAGAAGAGGAGGUAUCAGAACCAGAUAAACCUCAGCUUUGGAACAGAAGAGGUAAGCAUAACCUUCUCACCAUUUACUUUCUCUCCUGUUAUGGCAUGAUGUUAAUUCGUGAGAUUGAUGGCUUUUCUCAUUUUAGAGUUGGGUUCCCAUUUGUGAUCUGAUGGCUUUACUUACGGCAAAACAUUGCCCAAUGAGGUGGCUGGUGGUUUAUAGAGCUAAUAAUUCCUAGCCUUGCAUUUAAGUUUAGAAUCCUGUUAGAGGGUUUAGGAAUAUUAUGUAGAAAUUAUAUAGGAUUUAUUAAAAGAUAUUAUUUUUUUUAUUCCUCUUUUCUUUGGUAGUCAGCUGAGAAGCUUGAUAAUGCUCAACUGCAUUUGGGCACAGGUUCCUAAUACUGACAUGAAAAUAAAGUUCGUGAUUUCAGUAUAUGAACCAUUUGUUCUCAAAGCACUUCUGGCUAUUUGUUCAUCAAACUAUAACAUAUUGAGUACUCUCAUUUCCUAAGUUCUAACAUCAUCGGAAACGAAGACAUCAAGAGUAAUUAGAUGAAAACAUGGAGAAUAUGAGAAGACUAAAAGUACAAGGUACCAUGCAUACUUUGAAUUUCUUCUCAUACAUUCCCCCUCUUUAUCUAUGAUAUGUUGUGGUGCUAUCAGAUGCCAAAUUCAGAGUCAUCAACCUUUAUCAAAGUCUCUCCUGGGGCCACCAUUGUUGCCACCACGGGAAUCAUCUAAGGGGGUGCAAUGCUCAUUGUGAUAGCUAUUUUGAACAUAAAAUGUGUCUGGAAGACCAAAUUGCAGUCAGUCUCUGCGCAAGAGCAUUCAACCAAUGACACUGCAACUAGUUCUCAUAGCUCUGCCUUGCGAAAGGAUUUGAGCAUUGAAAUGGAUACCAUCUAUCAAUUUGUUGAAAACACCGAGAAAGAGAUGCCCAUGAGAUUUACACCUUGGCAUCUGAUGCACUUUGCUGACAAUUAGACAGAGAUACUCGGAUCAGGUGGCUUCGGAGUAGUCUACAAAGGUCAGCUUCCCGAUGGACAGAAGGUGGCAGUCAAGGUCCUCCAUGGAUUGACCUUGGACAAGAGAGCCGACGAGCAGUUAUGGCAGUUGAUUCAAUCAGCAGAGCUUGUCAUACCAAUCUGGUCAGGCUCUAUCGGUUCUGCUUUGACAACUUUGUGAAAGCACUAGUUUAUGAGUUCAUGGAGAAUGGGUCGCUUGAUCUCUAUCUUCUUCAUCAGAACAACAGGACCGACUGGGGAAGGCUACGAGAGAAUGCAAUUGGGAUAGCCAAGGGAAUCAGACACCUGCAUGAGUAGUGCCAGCAGAAGAUAGUACACUACGACAUCAAGCCCGGUAUACUCCUUGAUUGGAACCUCACGCCGAAGAUUUCUGACUUCGGAUUGGAAAGACUGCGACCGCGUGAAUGCUCAUGCAACACUCACAGGAACCAGGGGAAAUCCCGGAUAUGCUGAUCCAGAGCUGUGGAUGCCAUUGCCUAUGACUCAGAACUGCUAUGUCUACAGCUUUGGGGUGGUUCUGGGAAAGAAGCUUGAUGUAAGAUGAGGAGAGAGGCUUGAAUGAGGAGAACCCAAGGGCGAGAUAUCUAGGACAAUGUACAAAGUAGUGCUGUCGUGUGUUUAGUAUCACCCGCAGGCGAGACGUUCCAUGAACAGUGUGGUAAGAAAGCUCGAGGAGGAAGAGGAGAUCUCCAUGUCUUCGGGCCCAUUUCAGUAUCUUCCAUCACAUCUUUCAAGUCCAGCUCCAUGGGUAAUUGGUAUCCUGGAAAGUUCAACUAGCACAGGAACUGCCACAAGUGAUCUGAUGCAUAGAUGAUGAAGUUCUCUUCUCAUCAUUUAUUCUGGUACUGUCAGUCAAAAUGGUCUCUUUUUGUUUUGUUUUGUUCUUCUUCCUUUGCUUCCAUAAAAAGACAUCAUAUGGUGCAAAAGAAAUUAGCUGACUUUCCAAGAAACAGCCACUUUGAACUUGUCAAAUAUUUUUUAUAAGGGCCUUAAGUCA